AUGACCAAGAAAGAAGCUCGCUCGACCGCCACGAGCAGCCCUGCCACAAUGUCGGCCCGUAAGCUGCUAGUCACUCCGUCUCCAGUAGAUGGGGAAUCUCCCACACCUGCGACGAGACGUGGUCCGGGUCGCCUUCGCAAGGGGACCAUCUUCUCUCCUUCCGCCGAGAAUCAGUCGCCCGGCAUCGGAUCGUCCGACACAUCAAGCCCCGAAGGUCUUCAUACGCCUGUGGAUAGCCAAGACAAGCGCAUCGUCCGAUUUGGAGCAGCACAUACUGCUAGAGAUCGGGCCAAUGAUUCUUCCUUCACCUCCACAGCACCCGGGGGUUCUCAUGCUACCGCCUUAGAGUCCUCUGAGGCUUCGAGCGAGAUCAAUCCUGAAAGCCCGUCUAGCUUCGACAGUAGACGUCGGGCUAUCCAGACUACAUGGCCUAGUCCCGACCCAAAGCGAGUCCGCCAGAUUGCAGAGCGCGCGAACUCCGAAAUGCAGCACCUUAACAGUCCCAUUGCGAACACCCAAUCGAGCCGUACCCUAUCCGGAGCCGUAGUCCCAGUCGCCGUUGCGAACCUGAAUGCUCCACCGAGCGGUGCUCUAAGCGGAGCCGUAGUCCCCGUCCCCAUUGCCAACUCGAAUGUCAUGACCAACGGCAUUCUACCCUCAACCGUCCGCCCUGCCAGCCUAACAACCUCUCUUUACCAGGGACUCUGCAAAGCUUUCUACGAAGCUCCCCAGAACCCCCUCGUCCCAAUCGCUCUGGUUCUGUGCUUCUUGGCUUUCCUCUUCAUACUCUGGGUUGGGACAUGGGCCAUCGUCUGGCCCUGGUUCACUUUUCUGAACAUGCUUGGUUUCCGAUUCCCACAACGCGUCCUGAGAGUUUUAGGAGAUUCCCUCCUGGAACUUGGCUGCGCUUACUACAGCGGUUCUUGCAAAGUGUUUAGCCCUGGCCACGAUCAAUUCUCUCCGAAAAUGCAACCUAACAAGAAUACGGCGAAAGGGAGCUCGUGGAGCUGGUUCUCUUAGACGAUUGUGUGAGUUGUGAUGUCUGAUGGGAGCCAUAUGAUGUCACAGAAGCCCUAUAGCGGGCGAUGGAAUGGUGCUUGGUCUGUGGGAUUCUCACUUUUUGACAGCAAUAUCCAAGCAUUCCUGGACAACUAGUCAAGUACCCGAAGGCGUGGCUCUGGUAGUGAGUGGAGUUCCAUCUCUGCAAAUUUGAUGGAGACCUUCGUCAUUCUAGGGGGAACUGUCGGAGUGCGUGGGACCUCUCCGACUUUCGAGCCUGGUAGCGAGGAUGACUUGGUGUUGAGUCUGGGUUCCAUGAGCGGGCUGUUUAGAGCAUGUGGAACAUUCUGCUUAUCCAGAUGAAAGCAUUCUUUCAGACGGGUUUGUGACAAACCUCAAUAGUAUUCAUUGAUAUGAUGCAC